CAUACUCUAACAUUUCUUGAGUAUUCUACAUCAUACAAAUAACAAUAGGGACAGGAUGAAAACGAAAACAGCUGCUCCUAUGUAUUUGUAUACUAUUGGAAUGCAAGCUUGAGAAAAAUCAGCAAAGAAUGAGACGUAAUGAACUAAAGAUCAAAGUUGCUUGACUGCAGUACAUGUGUGUACAUGUAAAAUAAUUCUAUGUCUGAGUCCAAAGGUGAUUAGUUUGAAUAACACAUUUAUAAUAUAUUGAAUGGAUUGGAGGAUGAGAUAUUAUAUGAGGAAAUACAAAAUGAAACACAAACUGCAGCUCCCAAUCCUGCUUUUGGGAACAAUUAUGCUUAUACUGGUAUCUAAAAAAGUACUUACAUUCUUCAAGGCAGAUGCACACCGGGGACAUUUCAAUCACAUCCACCCGAGAAAAGUUAAUAUUAUAAUGAAUCUAGAAAUCCCACAAAGUCAACUGGAAUCAUUGAAAACAGUGUAUGAAUAUACAUGUGCAGAGCAUUUUGAGAAGAAACUUAAUUAUAGAAUUAAAACGAAGCCUUCAUUGGAUUACUACAGACAUAACUGUAAUUCACAAUAUAAGGAUGUGGCCCUAUUGAUUGUUUUCAAUACGGCCCACUAUGAAGUAAUCCCGUUGUUGGAGAAUAUGUACAGACCAUCAUUUCCCAAGAUACUUUAUUGCGGUCCUGAGGAAAUACCUCAGAAUAUUCUAAAAUGGUUCAAUAUAUCAUUUAUCUCAUAUGGGAAAUCCACAGAACAUCAUCCAGAUGGCGCUGCAAACUAUGAGUGCCUAACAAUGGCAUUUUCGCUCAGACUCAAUGUCACGGGUUAUAUAUUCCUAGGAGAUGAUGUAAUGUUUUAUUUUUGGAAUCUAAAUUUUCCCAAGAAUGACAUAUGGAGCUCUCCACAGUCAAUAGGGGACCUAUCUAGGAGAAUAACCAAGGAGUGUACAUACAACAGAGGCCUCAAGGAUUGGUUCUGCCCAGUAGCUAAGUGGCCCUGGUGGGCGGACUACAGAUUUGAGAUACUUGAGGCCCUUGGAAGCCUUAAAGAUCUCUCAAAAGUAUCUCCUGUUGUUCAAGAAUGUUUGGGAAACUUGAUAUAUCGCAAUGGAGCCCAUAAUAGGGUAAACCGUGGUUAUGCUGAUAUAUACUUUGUCCCAAUUCGAUAUGCAAAUGAAUUCAUUGAACUCUCAACAAUAUUCUGGCAGCACAGAGUAUGGUUGGAAAUAGCUGUUCCAACCAUUCUGAACUGUAUAGCAGACAGACGUCCACAUGUCCUACCUGGGAAAUCUAUUGAUGACUACUCAGAACUAAGGAAUCAGCCCUGGGUCCAUUACCCUGACCAUAUGGACAAAGUAUUCUUUCAUCCAGCCAAACUUGGCCCAGUUAUUGACCAGUCUCAAGAUCAUAUGUAUUACUUUUGUGAUAUUGUCAUGCCAGAAAUUAUCAAGAAUACAAAAGAAAAUUGUAUUUAGUUUGAACCGUAUGUUACCGUUCAAGUUUUACAUAACUGGGUAAAGAAUCUGAACAAGGUGAGUGGAAACAAAUUUAAUGGGGUACAACAUAAUUCUUAAUUGGGUACUUGGAAGAUCACUCAAAAAAUAAUAUUUUAAGAGAGGUUAUAAGUUUACAUACCUACACCAGAGACAUGUAAAUAAUAAAAACUAGAAAUAACUGUAUGUAAAUCACCACCCUGCUAUAGCAUGACGGUAAAGCCACCUCUGAAAACGAGGUUGGAGGUUCACUGAUUUAUCCAAUAAAAUGGAUUAUAAUUUCCUACUACUGUGUAUCAAUGAAAGGAUGAAUGAUUUACGUAAGCAUCCCAUUUGGUGAUGCAUUUAGUAAUGUAUAUUUUGAAUGUAGUCUGCAAAUUGAUGCCGGGGGAUAACAUGAAAUAUGCGAAAAACUGUUGAGUAUGAAAUUC